AUGUGGAAUCUUGUGUUUCGCCACAAAAUGUCUGAUAUUGAGCGAGCAAGAGUGAUUUUUCGAUGGAUUGCAUCAAAAAAUAUGCAGAAAAUUAUGUUUGAAAAUGUUCCUCCCAAUUCCCCAGAAGAGGUGCUUUUAUCAUUUAAGGAUAAUAAAACAAGUUUUGCGAGAAUAUACGAAAUAAUGUGCACAUAUGCUGGACUUCAUUGCGUUUCUAUCAGUGGCUACGCCAAAGGAGUGGAUUACUUUCCAGGUGACCGCUUUCAAGGUCUCCCAGCAAAUCAUUCCUGGAAUGCUGUUUAUCUGAAGAACUCGUGGCAACUUGUUGAUGCCCAUUGGGCGACGCGUUACCUUAGCUCAGGAGUAAAUAUGCAGGAUAACGUUGUCUACGAAUAUGACGACUUUUACUUCCUUAUGGAGCCACAGCAGGCUGUUUACAGCCACUUUCCCGAGGACUGCCGCUGGCAGCUACUCUCCAAGCAACUCACCUUGGCCCAAUUCGAGAGCCUUCCAUUGACCAAGUCUCAGUUCUUCAAGUGUGCCAUGGAUUUUCGCGAGGAACACCACGGUGUGAUUCAAGUUGUUGAUGGAUGCAUCCGCGUGAGUCUAGGAUUCUGGCGGCCGGGUGCCUUCACUUACAAGUUGCAGCACCUUAUUGGCAGCGCUCGUGCUUCCCAACCCGACCUCGUGCCCGUCCGUGCAGCUGACUUGACUGAUGUCUUUUAUACGUCUGGAAGGGAGAAGCUGCUGCUGAAGGACUUUGUGCUGCAGGAGGCUAUCCAAGAUGCCCUCAACUUCUUUAUUCGACUACCCUCGAGGGGAGCAUACUUUUUAACAAUAUAUGCUCAGGACUUAAGCAAUCCAGUGAUGGCAAAAAACGGCACUUUUCGAGCCGCGUGCGAGUACAAGUUGGUCUUUUCUGAGGGCGAGGCGUGUUGCGAGCCCUAUCCCGCCUGUGAUGACAUGAACUGGGGUCCCUCAUGGCUUCACACCCGUCACUACGGUCUGGAGUUGGCGCACCCUUCAGGGGUGAUCAGUCUGCCCCCGGGUCGACUCACGCCCUCCGGCGAGCACGUGGAGCCCGGACGACUGGAACUGCGGUGUACGCGACUCCGACCUGAAGUUCAGCUCUUCUCUAAACUCAAAUGCAAUCACCUACCCGACGAGAGCCUGGGGCAGUUCCAUUGCAUCCACCUCACCGAGAAUGAGGCCAUCUUCGAGCUCAAUCUGCCUGAGCCUGAAAUGGCGCUCGACUCCAGGUUGGAUGGUGGCACCUUCUUUAGCCCGCACCUAAGCUCCAUUGUUAUAGGUUUGAAUGAAAAUAAAAACUUUUCGAAACAAGCUAGUUUGGCGAGUAAUAUUCCUCCUCACUUGCAAAGGAAGGCGGUCAAAGUACGGUUAGGAGUGAAGCAUCAGGCGCAUCGCUAUCAUCGGUUGGGCCUUGUUUAUCAGAUGGUCAAAUUGUUGGCCACUCCCCGUCUUGAAGGUCAUGAAAUAUGGUUCAGCGAAUACGGCCUCGACAUCUACGCCAACGAGCCAGAAGAUGGUCGAGCCUACACCCACGUGUGUCAGUACCUCGUACACUACGAGGCACCACCUGACUGGACAGGGGAAGGAACGUCGGAGGCCGUGGGGUCAGCGAGUGCGUCUCCUACCCGAGUUGUCAGCACAGCUGAGGUGAAUUUGCGUUCCAUGCCCCGGCAUUCGCUGCAGCGAGAGUCACUCAUCCGUCUGCGUCAGAUGCCCGGUUAUGGCGCUGAGGCGCCGUCCAUUGGACAACUGCCUCAGCCGUACCUUGAGCCCCAAAUCGCCUCCACUCAGCACAUCAACAACGGGGAGAACAGCCGAACGCUAAGAAUGUUUUCACCCCCUGCGUACAAUGGCAAUUCUGGUUACAGAGAUCAGGUGGAAUUCCGCUAUGCGCCCUCGACUUGGUCGGAUACGGAGAGCCUAGACAGGGGCAUCGGUGCGAUUCGCAUUAAGGGGGACGACGAGGAUGAAGUGUUUAUGGCGAUUGGGAAGGGGACAGAGAAGAGUGAUGAUGAGGCAAAUGAUAAUUCAGUGGGAAGAAUCUUGGGGCGGAGGGUAAAUGUGACCGAGCAGAUGAAACGCAGUCAACCCUACAUGAUGUCCCUGCUAGUUGGGAAAUCGCCCACGCUGCGCUCGCCCCUUGGUAGUGUAGUUCAGACCUCCGCCACCAACGGACGGGAGUCUCCUAAUUCGGACCGAGUGGACCGAUACUCGCCCUUCGCUGCCGCCUUUACUUUGAAGUCACAUCUAUUGCAAGAGUACAAAAGGGUGGAGUUGCGUGUCAUCGAUGUGGAAGCUGACUCACUGCAGAAUGAAAAGGCUCGCAUAGUUGUUUUUACAGAUGGCAGGCGUCCGAGCGAACAGUACAACCGAGUCGGAGUAACGCAGCCGGCGACAGCCGUGAGACAGGUCUUCCCCUCCGCCACCGCCAUGGCACCCGCAUCCCAUGCCACGUGGGUGACAGGACCACUACAAAAAGAGCCUCCGAAGGAGUUCGUUCCGCAGCUCCUCGACCCCGAGCCGGCUUAUCAGAAACCCGCGCCUGAUGCCAUACCGGAUCGCCAGCCUGUAUACCCCAUGCAAGAGGAUGACGCCUUUAAGGCUUUCCAGAAGGUGGACGAGCAUGCGAUGGCCGUAUCCUAUCAGGAGCAGAACAGCUUCAACCAACUGAUCUGGCAGUUGAUCUACGCCAGAAACAUCACCUCUGAUCUGGAGCGAGUGCGCGCUAUCUUCCUCUGGCUCUGCACCAAGGAUCUGCAUCAAAUGAACUUUGAUAAUGUCACUCCCGGCUCACCGGAGGAGAUACUUAUGGGCAUUCGAACGGGAAAAUCUACCUAUGCGCAAAUCUUCCAAAUUCUUUGUCGUUACGCCAACCUGCACUGCAAGCUGUUGUUGGGCUACGCAAAAGGCGCGGACUACUCGCCAGGCAUGCGAUUUUCGGGUACCGCUACAGGUCAACACUCAUGGAACGCGGUGCUGGUGGACGGGACGUGGCACCUGGUGGAUUGUCACUGGGCGGCGCGGCGGCUCAUUGUGAAACGUGCGAGUGUGGAGAAUGUGCGUUACAUUCUGGACACCUUCUACUUCCUCACCAACCCCAGCCAACUCAUCUAUACGCACUUCCCGCACGACAAGGACUGGCAACUCCUUCAUCAUCCCAUUACAUUGGAGGAGUUUGAGACGCUGCCAUUGGUGAAGUCGGCAUUCUUUAAGUACAAUCUGAGUCUAGUGAGCCAUCGCACCGCCGUAAUCCUCUUCUCGGAACCCGAGGUGCGAGUGGUGAUUGGCUAUCCCAAGGAUGCAAACAACACCUUCCUGUUUACGAUUGGUCUUUCUUUCGACGACUCAGAGUUGAGUGAGCACUACCAUAACACCUCGCUCAUGCGAUACGCACGCCAAGAAGUGAUAGCACGUGAAUGCUGCGUGGCCUUCUACAUCCGUCCACCAAGACCGGGCGCCUACAAGUUGUUGGUGUAUGCGAAGAAACGCGAUGGCAGCGGCAUAGAUGGUGUCUGUGGAGAAGCGGAGACGUUCGACAUAGGUAGAGCAGGUGCCGAAAAGAACCUCUACGGUGCAGUCUGCGAGUAUCGUCUUAUGGCCCGUACACCCUCCAAUGCUUGUCUUCCACCCUUCCCACCCUGCCAGACGGGAUGCUAUGGCGUUACCGAGGCGUUCAAACGUUUCAACGUGGUGCCAAUAGGCCCAGAAGCAAGUGGAGCAACAAUUAGAGCUCGAAAUGGCAUCGCAGAGGUGCGAUUCGCUUUGGUUGGCGGUUCACAGCGCCCUAUGCCGCGGAUGAUGGGACGACUGCGCUGUAGCCUCCUGCCGGAAGAAGCCCUUGACAACUGCAUCCUGCAUCGAGUGCUCAAGAGUGGCACCGAGGCCGUCAUCACCGUCUUCCUUCCUGAUGCCGGCGAGUUCGGUCUGGAGAUUUAUGCCAGUGACCCUGAACGCGAUGGGUCGUCCUACUUUGCAAAGCCUUAUCUCAACCACCGAGGUGGAAUCACGGGAGGUUGGCGCACAUUUCUUUUCGCUGCACAGAUAUGGCAGUAUCUCAUCACCUCCGAGGUGGCUGCAACGGAACGUGGACUUCCCAACUUGCCGACGGGUUACCUGGGUCCGGCAGCCCGAUUUUACGAGCUCGGACUUCAAGUGGUCAGUCACUCCGAUCCCUUCAUCCGCGCGGAGGCGGGUGAGCUGCGCAUCCAACUCGCCUACCAGCCACAGCGCCCACUCAAGAUGAUGGCUCAGCUCAUCUUUGCUUCAAAUAAUGACAGUGAGGACUACUCACAAAUGCCGAGUCGUCAUGGCAACAAGAUCUGUCGGGAGUGUGUGAUGACCAGUCCGCUGGUUAUCUACGUCUGCUAUCAGGUUCGAAUUCCUUUCAAGUUUGAAACACGGGUGCUGCAACAAAUGCGCCUGGGUCAGGUCUACUUCGUCAUACGCAUCCCCCGUCUUGGCUUCUUCAAAUUGCAAAUAUACGCCCUGCCUGAGAGUGACCGGGAUGACUCCUUGCCAGGGGUGUACAACUACCUCAUCGAGGCCAGCAAAGCCACCCACCGGCUGCGUGGGCAAUUAAUGCCCUUCCCACAACAGUUCGCGCAUUGGCGCCGUAGCGGAUGCUACCUUGACGCGCCCACCGAAGGCAUCCUCGGUCUCGACGCCAGCGGCCGCCUGAUGGCAAAUCCGCCGGCUGAGGUGGCCUUUUGCCUCGCCGUGCCGAGUGCGCACAGCGUCGCAGUAGUGGUAGAUGAUGACUGGACCUAUCUGGAGGCUCGGGGGGACCGCUGGGAAGGCACUGUACCCAUGCGAGCCCACUGGGGUCGCCAGUCACGGCUCUCUGUGUGCGCCUCCUACUCUCAACACGAUGCAAACUUUAGUACUUUGUUGGAGUAUACGUUGGCGCGCUGA